AUGGAAGCAUUCAGCUUGGCGUCUCUCUUCUCGGGGAUGCUGGUGGGAUACUGGACGGAUCGGAGCGGGGACGUGAGGAAGAUCGCCCUCCUCAUGAACCUCUUCCAGAUCGCUGGGAAUCUCUUCUACUUCAUCGGGUUCUUCCCUUGGAUCCUCCUCCUCGGCCGAUUUAUCUCGGGAAUCGGAGCGGGACUGAAUACAGUUAUGUACGCCGAAGUGAGCCGAUCGACGACGGCUGAAGAGAGGACUUCCGUUUUGACUUGCAUGUUUGCCUUGAGGCAGUUGAGCAUCAGCUUCGCUCCCGCCUACAAUCUCGCUAUUGCCAAUAUAAAUUUCCAAUUGGGAGGGAUCCGAGUGACGGAAGAGAAUUUCCCUGGAAUCUUAAUGGCAGUAAUCUGCAUCAUCUUCGAGUUCGUGUUUUUCUUCUUCUACUUCAAUUUGUCCGAGGAGUUCCAAUGGGAGGAGGAGAAGAAGAGGCGGAAGGCGAGGGAGGCCGAAUCUUCUUAUGGUGCAUGCGACUCCAGAACUUCACUCGGAGAAGAACUGGAAAAGAAACUUCUACAAAAAUCAUUUUCGUCUCCCAAUUCCAAGACCGAAGAGGGAGAAGAGGUUAAGAGAACCCAAAUGCCAUCGACAGCGCUAGAUGGCGCCAAGUUGGACGAACCACCUUUGAAUGCCCGAGAGAUUUAUCGACGAGGUACAACGAUCAUCCCACCAGUGAUGCAGACCGACUUCGGGCUGGGAAAUCGAGAGAACAGUUACCUGUACAUGGCGACUGGCGGAGAGAGCCUCGUCGUCUACGUCAUGGUCAUCUUGUUGUCCAAAUGGCGAAUCCAGGAUCGAAGCAUGAUCCUCUGUGGUUCUGCUGUCAUCGUCUAUGCCCUCGUCCAUAACCUUCUCCUAGGCCUCUAUCUCCUCCCAGAUACGCCGGAUCUCCUGCCGUAUUUCGUCGCGGGCUGCAUGGUCAUGUUCGCGGGAGUACCAGCCGUGUGCGUGUGCACCAUGUGCCUGAUCACGAAGCUCGUCGAUCGACGGGCUCAGGGACUCCUUCAUGGUGUCCGUCGGGCUUGCAACUCAAUCGGAAUCGUUAUCGGACCACUAUGGGGUGGAGGGUUCGUCUUUGAACCCCUUCCCCUAUACAUCCUUCCUCUUGCAUUCGUUCUUCUCUAUGCCGUGAGUCCCAUCCUUCAUAUAAAGACAGAUGUCUUUGAUGAUGUAUGA